CCAUCCCCUCCCUCCCUCCCUCCUUUGCGGCGCUAUUUUGUGAUGUGUUGUGCAGCGUUAGAUCAGGUAGUCUCAGAAUGGAGACUCUCUGCUGCGUCGAUUUCAGUCAGUUUAGAUCUGUGAGUCGGGGUUUAAGAGGUUUUGGUCUUUGUUUGUUUGUUGCACCUGCAAUCAGGGGUGACUCUACCGUAACAGCCGAUUUCGGGAGAAAAAAAGGAGUCCCAAGCUUCGUGGAUUGUGUGUGUGCGAGCUCCGGGUUUCGCUGCAAAAGUCUGACAUUGAACUGAUUAUUCACUAUGAGCAACUCGAUUGUCCCACUUGAAACAUAUUUCGUAUCUUGAGAAGCUAAUUUUUAAUUCCUCAAAUUUUCACGCUGCAUUACCCUCGCAUCUUCCUUGUUUCAUAAAAUUCUUCCGCCGUCUCCAACCUAAGUUCCGAUGACCAGCGGCUGUGGUAAUAGGGGCAUUGAACCCAAAGGUGGCGCUGAAAUGGAGGAAAGUAUUGAAGAUCGAGUUGCGAGCUUGGCCAAGAGCUGUAGAUCAUUAAAAGAAGCGGCAUCGGCACAUUCCUCAAGGUGGCAACAUGAGGCGGACACUCUCAGCAAGCAGGCUAUCAACCAUGUUAGUACUUUGAAGAAACUUCAAGUUGACGUGGGCUCUGCUAGUGAGAAGGACGAAAUCGACCAGCAAACAGCUGAUAAGCUGGAGGAAGAGCUUUAUAGAGCACGAACUAUGCUGUACAAUGGAGAAGUAUCGUCUCUACUUCCUGCCAAAGCUAAUGGUGUUUUUCUUAGGAUGCUGCUUGGACCUACUAAUGUCAGGGCAACACUGAAAGAUGGUCGAUAUAAAGUGAAAGAGGAGUACAAUGCCUACAGGGAUAGGACAGCACUGAUGUUUCUUGCAUUUCCGGUCAUAUUGCUUGUUUUGAAGAAUAAAAUAUGGAAUGGGUGCUUUCCAGCUUUGCCAGUGCAAGUAUACCAGGCAUGGUUGUUGUUUUUCUACACUAGUUUAGCUCUGCGAGAAAACAUUUUGAGGGUCAACGGUAGUGACAUACGGCCAUGGUGGGUGUAUCAUCAUUAUUGUGCAAUGGUGAUGGCACUGGUGAGUCUUACAUGGGGUCAUCCUAGUUGCAUUCGCAAACAGCAAGGAGUGCAGCUGUUUCUUGGAUGGGCUGUAAUGCAAGGUGUAGCCAUGUUAUUACAGAACCGUUAUCAGCGCCGACGCUUGUAUACUCGGAUUGCUCUCGGAAAGGCUGGGAGGAUGGAUGUCGUGUGGGGAGAGACAGCAGGUGUGAAGGGGCAACUUGGGAUUUUGUAUCCUCUCCUCUUCAUCCUACAGGGUUUCCAAUUUUUCAUUGGAAUCCUUUUGUUAAAGACUGCUAUUGUGGAGGAUAAAUCUGAGUGGCAGAUUGUGGUUUGCGGGUUGUUGUUGGUCCUGAUGGCGUGCGGCAACUUUAUUAAUACAGUCGCCACCUUAGUCGCAAAAGCGAAAAUCAAGUCCAAGAUGAAUAAGAAAAGCAAGUAGGUGUUGCAGUAAAUGAACCCAAAGCAAAUGUCUUCAACCCCUUGUACGGUUAUGUAAAUAGCAGAAUACAGCACUAUCUCAGUUUGUGUUCCUGCUGGAGUAUCUGUGAGGUUUUGUUAACUAGAUCAUGAAUAAUAGUCAUGCGUAGGCUGCAUCAGCUCCCAAGCAAUGAGUUUAUGUUUCCCCACGACGAUCUUCGUCACCUUGAGACUAGUAGGUUUGGAAAUAACAGUCGCACACACAGGACCGAGGAUGGUUGUUGGGUGACUCCAUUCAUGUACUUCGAAUUCAUCAAUUUUCACUGGUGGAGAAGUUAUCAACUUUUCUGAGGAGUGUUUAUUCGAAUCUCUCAUUCGAAUUUUU